AUGGCCAAGCGAUUGAUCCCCUCUUUGAAUCGCAUUCUGGUGGAGAAGAUGGUUCCUCCUUCGAAGAGCAACACCAGCAUCCUUCUCUCGGAGAAAACCAGCAAGCUGAACCCUGAGAAAGUUGUGGCUGUUGGGCCUGGAACCCGUGAUAGAGAGGGGAAUCUUAUACCUGUAGCCGUGAAGGAAGGAGAUGUUGUUCUUGUGUUUGACUAUGGCGGUACUGAAGUGAAACUCGGAGAGAAAGAGUUCCACCUUUACCAAAAAUAA